ACCAAGUAUUGGAACUCUUUGCGGAAUCUUGUGGUUUCACUGUUGAACUCCAUGAAGUCCAUCAUCAGCUUGCUCUUCCUCCUCUUCCUCUUCAUUGUGGUGUUUGCCCUGCUAGGCAUGCAACUCUUCGGGGGCCAGUUUAAUUUUGAAGAUGAAACUCCCACUACAAACUUUGACAGCUUCCCUGCAGCCAUAAUGACAGUCUUCCAGAUUUUGACAGGAGAGGAUUGGAAUGCAGUGAUGUAUCAUGGGAUAGAGUCCCAGGGUGGUGUCCGGGGUGGAAUGUUCUCCUCGGUCUACUUCAUUGUUCUUACACUGUUUGGAAACUACACACUUCUCAAUGUAUUCUUGGCCAUCGCUGUGGAUAAUCUUGCCAAUGCGCAGGAGCUAACAAAGGAUGAAGAGGAACAAGAGGAGGCAGCAAAGAAAAGCAUGGCUCUUCAGAAGGCUAUGGAGGUGAAGGAGGUCAGCCCAAUGUCUGCUGCCAACAUCUCAAUAGCAGCUUUUGUAAAGCAAAAUCGAGAUGCAAUCUCUCGCAGGUCUUCAGUCUGCAGCGUUCACUCACCUAAAGAGCAGCAGAGGUCACUGCAGAAGAUGUCCAUAUGGGAGCAGCGCACCAACCAGCUGCGCAGACACAACCUGCGCAACAGCAGCGAGGCCCUUUACAACGAACUAGAGCCUGAAGAGCGUCUGCGCGUGUCUUCGGCGCUCCAUCUGCGGCCCGACAUGAAGGCCCACCACGAUCGGCCGCUGGUAGUGGAGCACCGAGAUGAUACUGUGGACAAUUCUAGGACUGACAGAGAUGGAGACACUCCAGACUGUCAGCCUUCCUCCGGCCACCCAAAGAAGCACCAUCGAUGUCGAGGAGAGAACGGAGAUGCAGGAGAGGGGAGGCACCAUAGACACCACAGCCGAAACAGAGAGCACCAGGGCGGCCUGGAUCACAGCAGCAAUCAGGAUGGAGGACACACUAACCGCCACAUGGCUGGUUCUCCUGAGGAGGGCAUAGGGAUGGAGGAGAGAGAACAUAGACACCACCAUUCUCGCCGAUCCAGAGAGGUUAACGGGAAUGGCAACGGCACGAUCGGUAAUGGAGGCAGAGGUGAGGGUAGGAUACGAGGUCACAGAAAGGGCGAAGGAGAGAAUGGAGAGAGGAGAAGACACCGGCCACGUGUUAAAGCCCAGUCCACACUGGAUGGAGAAGAAUGCAGGGAGAACGGUGGCAAACACAGGGGCAGACCAACAGGAACAGACAGCCUAGCCACCAGCCCUCUCCAGUCUCCAACUGAAGAGAAGCCAGAAGACAAAGAUAAUCUAAAAAACAGCACCAGAGUGGGCCCAACUGGAGUCAACAUCCCUGUCACCAUAACUGCCCCACCAGGAGAGACUACAGUCAUUCCCAUGAGCAACAUUGAUGGUGACAGUCUACUGCUGAACGAGGAAAAGAAGGAUCUUGAUGAGCUAAAUCAGAAUGCGCCCAAACACAUUCUGCCAUACAGCUCCAUGUUUGUGUUCGGUCCAACUAACCCAGUGAGACGGCUGUGUCAUUAUGUGGUGAACCUACGAUAUUUUGAGAUGUGUAUCCUCACAGUCAUCACCAUGAGCAGCAUCGCCCUCGCUGCUGAAGACCCUGUGCAGGCCAAUGCCCCGCGCAAUGAUGUGCUGAAAUAUCUAGAUUACGUCUUCACUGGUGUGUUCACGUUUGAGAUGGUUAUAAAGAUGAUCGAUCUCGGGCUACUGUUGCAUCCUGGGUCUUACUUCAGGGACCCGUGGAACAUACUGGACUUCAUCGUGGUCACCGGUGCUCUGGUGGCCUUCGCCUGCUCGAGCUUCAUGGGAUCGCAGCAAAGCGUGACCAGAGGAACUAAAGGCAAGGACAUCAACACUAUCAAGUCCCUAAGGGUCCUUCGAGUCCUGAGGCCCUUGAAGACCAUUAAACGUUUGCCUAAACUCAAGGCCGUGUUUGACUGCGUGGUGAACUCUCUGAAGAAUGUGCUCAACAUCCUCAUCGUUUACAUCCUCUUCAUGUUCAUCUUCGCGGUUAUUGCUGUGCAGCUUUUCAAGGGGAAAUUUUUUCACUGCACCGAUGAAUCCAAAGCCCUGGAGAAGGACUGCAGGGGUCAGUUCCUGGAGUUUGGCAGUGAUGGACUGGCCAUGACACUGCCGCGCGAGUGGAAGAAGUAUGAUUUCCAUUAUGACAACGUCCUGUGGGCCUUUUUGACCCUGUUCACUGUCUCUACAGGAGAGGGCUGGCCAACAGUGCUGAAACACUCUGUUGAUGCCACGUAUGAAGACCAGGGUCCCAGUCCGGGUUACCGCAUGGAAACCUCCAUCUUUUACGUAGUCUACUUCAUCGUCUUCCCCUUCUUCUUUGUCAACAUCUUUGUGGCUUUGAUCAUCAUCACGUUCCAGGAGCAGGGAGAUAAAGCCAUGUCAGAGUGCAGCUUGGAAAAGAAUGAGCGAGCUUGUAUCGACUUUGCCAUCAAUGCCAAACCUCUGACACGCUACAUGCCGCAGGACAAGCAGUCUUACCAGUACAAGAUAUGGAAGUUUGUGGUGUCCACUCCGUUUGAGUACUCCAUCCUGACCAUGAUCGCCAUCAACACAGUGGUCCUCAUGAUGAAGUUCCAUGAUGCUCCUAAUCCGUAUGAGGACAUGUUGAAGUGGCUGAACAUCAUCUUCACGGCUCUCUUCACGCUGGAGUGCAUUCUCAAGGUCAUUGCCUUCGGCCCUCUGAACUACCUGAAGGAGGCAUGGAAUAUUUUUGACUUUGUUACUGUGCUGGGGAGCAUCACUGACAUCCUGGUUACUGAGAUCGAGACGGAUAAGAGGAUUAAUCUGAGUUUCCUGAGACUCUUCCGGGCCGCCCGUCUCAUUAAACUCCUACGGCAGGGCUACACCAUUCGCAUCCUGCUCUGGACCUUUGUUCAGUCCUUUAAGGCUCUGCCGUAUGUGUGUCUCCUCAUUGCAAUGCUCUUCUUCAUAUACGCCAUCAUUGGGAUGCAGGUGUUUGGUAAUAUCAUGUUGUCCGAGGAGUCGGCUAUCAACAUCCAUAAUAACUUCCAAACAUUUUUUCAGGCCCUCAUGUUGUUGUUCAGGAGUGCUACAGGGGAGACUUGGCAUGAAAUUAUGCUGUCUUGUCUGAGUGAAAGGCCAUGUGACCGUGACUCUGGAUUUACUGGAAAAGAGUGUGGCAGUGACUUUGCUUACUUCUACUUUGUCUCUUUCAUCUUCCUUUGUUCCUUCCUGAUGCUGAAUCUGUUCGUCGCUGUCAUCAUGGAUAACUUUGAGUACCUAACACGUGACGCUUCUAUUCUCGGGCCUCAUCACCUCGAUGAGUUCAUCCGUGUUUGGGCUGAGUACGACCCUGCCGCCUGCGGAAGGAUACACUAUAUGGAUAUGUACAAUUUGUUGCGUGUAAUCUCACCCCCUCUUGGUUUAGGAAAGAAGUGCCCUAAUAGGGUGGCAUACAAGCGGUUGGUGAGGAUGAACAUGCCCAUAGCUGAAGAUAGUACGGUUCACUUUACCUCCACUUUAAUGGCUCUCAUCCGGACUGCCCUGGAGAUUAAACUGGCAUCAGGAGUUCUGGCUCAGCGGCUUUGUGAUGCUGAAUUAAGGAAGGAAAUAAAUAAAAUUUGGACUAACUUGUCUUCAAAAACAGUGGACCUGCUGGUGACACCUCAUAAACAUAAUGAAUUGACUGUUGGGAAGGUCUAUGCUGCUCUCAUGAUUUUCGACUAUUAUAAGCAGAACCGAGCCAAAAGACUCCAACAGCAGCAGGCUGCACCAGGCACACAGAGUAAAGUUGGAGUUCUCUUCAGACCAAUGCUGCCUCUCACACACUUGCACGGUCAGGAGCCACUAGUGCUAAAAGCCCCGCCCUCUCCUCAAUUAGAUACCACACCACAGCCAGAUGCCCCGCCCACAUCCUUUCACCUGACCAAUGGGGAUGCAGUACAAAGCCAGAGCAGUGCCAUGAAAACGUCUCCUUCAGGAGACAUACCUCAGGAAGUCACACAGGAAGCAAACAGAAGGCCUGUCCAAAGGGGCCAAUCGGAAGACGUGCCAAACACAUACAGAUCUCAGGAAUUAGUUGAGAUGACUGACAUGGAGAAUGACUCUGAUGUGGGCGGGUAUCCUGUGCUGGAGGGUCACAGCAGAGCUGCCUCCAUGCCCAGACUCAACGCUGGCUUUCAGCGGAGCCACUUACGCCACACCACCGGAACGUAUCUAGCACCUAUCGCAGACGUGAGUCCCAUGCGGCGGUCUGCGUCCUCGUUGACUCCUCAGAGAGGGGUGCGAGAGGUCAAUCUGAGCGAUUAUGACCUGGAGAGGCCCAAGAUGGCCCCGGGCCAGACCCUCACUCAGGAGAGAGAGAGGGACAGAGCUCAUCAUCAUCACCAUCAUCAUCACCGCUGCCAGCGGCGCAGAGACAAGAAGCACAAAUCGCUGGAUCGAGUCAUCAGCGAGGAGCAGCCUCCCCCUGCAGCAGAUCCAAACACUGAGUCACUGCCUAGGGAACGAGCACGGGAGCGAGACCGCGGCCGUUCCCACGAGAGGAAGCACCAUUCAUCCUCAGCGGUGGAAAGGAAGCAGCGAUACUACUCUUGCGACCGCUACGGCAGCCAUGAGCAAGGCCACAGCGUGUCCGCUGGGCCCAGCAGAUCCACAUCGCCAGGAGAACCCCAUGACCCAAACAGGCUUAAACAGGGAGUUAGCACAGCUAAAGGAACUUCAGUCGUUCAUACCUCAGGCACCAGCACACCCUGCCGCGGGCGUAGACAGCUCCCACAAACGCCCCUUACCCCUCGGCCUGCUGUUGCCUACAAGACUGCCAACUCCUCUCCGGUCCAGCUCAACACUGCCCAGUCUACAGGGCCCUGCCCCACUCGCCUUAGUCGUGGCCUGUCAGAGCACGAUGCCCUACUCAGCGGUAGCACCCACCGCCAAUCUCCCGUGCCUGUCACUCGUAUCGGCUCUGACCCCAACUUAGGUCCCCUCCAGCAAGACUCGCACUUGUCUGAAUCGGACGACUUCCACGAUGCCUUGAGCACGUACAGCACGGGCCGCUCCCCCAGGACUGCAGCCUCCAUCGCCCACACUUCAUUAGGUGCGGCCCCCACUUCCACGCUGCUCUCGCGCAGCCAGAGCGGAGUCCCCAACGGGUAUCACUACUCCCUCGGAGUGAACGCGGCACCUGGGUCGAGCGGUAGAGCAUCUGGAAGCUACCAGGAAACUGAGAGAGAUGACUGGUGUUAGCAUGAUUCAAUCAUCUUUGCCCUAGGAGGAGGAGCCAAGUUUUGGAGGGAAACAAGAAAACAAUCUUUGAUACACUUAGCCCUGGAUUUCUGGGAGAAAAUUAGAAGACCCUUCACUUCUCAGUUUGUUGUAAAAGAGAUGUUGAAAACAGUGGAGCGAUGCACAGAGACGACUGCCUCACUCCUGUGAUCUGAUGAUCGAUCUAUGAUGCCAUAUAUUUCUUCUAUCAGUCUUAUCAUUUCUACCAUUUGCAUUUUGUAUGAAAAAGCAUCACUGAAUUGAGAAAUAUAUGGAAAUAAA